CUCCUUCCCUUCCAGAAUCAGUAAAACAUUACCCAACAUCAGUCUUGCAUCUUAAUUUCUCCUACAACUUUUCAUAUCACUGAGAUUCGCACCGUCAUCGUGGCUUUCACCAAGAAAUCACUCCAUCUCCCCUCUUUUGUCUCUAGCCUCUACAGAAAUACUUGUCGACUUACACAGCAGAGACUCUUUAGUAUCAACAUGGCGUGGACGUGCAGCGGAGACACUAACUCGGCUCUUAUUGGGAACAUGUGGAAGAAUGGUCUCAUUACCGACCCUCGAGUGAAAGAGGCAUUCCUCAAGGUUGACCGAGCUCACUACGCUCCAGCCAUGCCAUAUGAAGACUCACCCCAGCCCAUCGGCUACUCAGCAACUAUAUCUGCACCGCAUAUGCACGCCUCAGCCAUCGAGCAUGUUCUCAGCUAUCUUCUUCCCUCAUCGACAUCGCCGGCCCCCCGGGUCCUCGAUAUCGGUUCUGGAUCUGGGUAUCUAACCCACGUUAUGGCUGAACUUGUCGGUGAGAAGGGCCUUGUAGUCGGUCUUGAGCAUAUUCGUCAGCUGAAAGAACUUGGUGAAAAGAACAUGUCGAAAAGUGAGGAGGGAAGAAGAUUGCUUGAGAGUGGCAAGGUGAGAUUUAGGUUUGGUGAUGGGAGGAAGGGAUGGGUUGAGGAACCGAGAGAGGGAGAGAAGAAUGAGGGGACGGGCUGGGAUGUUAUUCAUGUCGGGGCUUCUGCAGUGGAGAUUCAUCCAGAGCUAUUGGAGCAAUUGAAGGCACCUGGGUGCAUGUUCAUCCCCGUCGAUGAUGACAAGAUGGGGUACAACCAGCACGUUUGGAGAAUUGAGAAGGAUGGAAAUGGGGAGAUUACGAAGAAGAAGUUGUUUGGAGUCCGCUACGUGCCGUUGACUGAGGCACCGAAGGCGUAGGGAGGCCAUUUCACGAUACCCUUCCUGCACUGGCUCAUUACUCAUUUGGGAGAUUGUAGCAUAUUGUCAAAGUUUGCGUUUUAUAGUAUGAACAAGUCAACAAGCUAU